AUGGAAAAAAGGUUAUCGAAAUAUUCCGUAACUGGUAAAUUUCGAUGUUUAUUAAUCAGUUUAUGGCUUAUCAUAGGAAUAUUUUACAUUCAUCUUCGUAAACAUCCGGAUAACAUCAGGCGACUAAAGUCAAAGAAAUCGUUGCUAAAUAAUCCGACAUUCAACGGUAACCGCAUAUCUUAUUGUUCAUCAAAUAAUUCUCAAACGCCAAUAUUAUGGGAGAAUUUGAUUUAUUUACCGCAUUUGAAUGUUCUCUUUUGUAACAUACCAAAAACAGCGUCUACAAAUCUUCGCAGAAUACUAUACUUAACAUUCAAUACAAACUUUUAUAAUCGUAGUAAAGAGGAAAAUAUUCUCGAAUUAGAAAAGGUGAAUCGUGCUCAAGUAUGGUUCAAUAUUGAAAGACAAAUGUUCGAUCCAUAUUAUCUCAAAAAUUAUAGAGAUUUAACUCAGCGUCUCGAGAUAUUGGAAUCGCCUUCUAUAUUCAAAUUUAUCUUUGUAAGACAUCCAUUUCAACGUAUCUAUAGUAGUUUUCGUGAUAAAUUUCAAAAUGACAAUGUCGAUGAUACAAUGUUUGGCUGGAAAGACUUGGAAGAAGAUAUUUUAACAAAAAUGUCUAAUAGCACGUUAACAUGGAUUCGCAGGAAUGACAUAAGAUUGGAUUUUGACACAUUUUUGAAGUAUAUCGUAUACUGUAUUCAGCAUGAUCAAGAACUGAAUAGUCAUUGGGAUUUAAUUUUCCGACGUUGUAGUCUGUGUCACAUUAACUAUGAUUGGAUUGGAAAAUUCGAACGAAUCGAGAAGGAUGCAUCAAAAUUAUUAGAAAAAUUCAAUAUAAGUGACAAAGUGAGUUUUCCAUCAUGGAAGUUAGAUCAACAAACAAAGUACAGAAUAGACGAAGAUGAUUUGUUAAAUUUAUUCAUCAAUAAUGGACGUAAAGAAUAUCAAACAUUAUCAGAUUAUUAUAAGCAGGAUUUCAUAGCAUUCAACUAUACUAUCCAUGAAAUAUAA